GCGGGGCGCGGCUGAUGCGUCUGAGGAGUGAUGGCGGCGGCCUGAACUCACCUAGCGGUUCCGCGGCAGUCGGGCCUGGUUGGGGUCGGAGUUCCGUGAGUGAGCGUCUGCCACAAGGCCUAGACACCUUCCUCAUCAUCAGGAAGAGCUAGAGCUUUCCUACCCAGACCCUUCUCUGAGAAUUGGGGGCAGCCGAAGUUCCCAUUCUGUUCCAGAGACUCAGCAUCAGAACCAACUACUAUUCUGUUCCAUGGGCAAAGGUUCAGAAGUGAGACUGAGCCACUUCCUGCCUUGUGGUUACUGUUCCAAGGUUGGUGAACACUGGCUGAGUGUGCCUGUGAGGCUGUAUUUUGGGCUCUAGUAGAUUUGCAAGUCUGGACUGGUCAGUAACCUCUGGGCUUGCCACUCCAGCCUGGGUGUCUUCUGGCUCCAUGGACAGCUGCUGGCUCCUACAGACCGGAUGAAGCUGACUGGAAACACAAGUGGAGAAGGCCUCCAGCUGGCGAAGUCUCAGAGUGUGGUCCUCUGGUUGCUGGCCCUGCCCAGCCUUCCUCAUGGAAAGGAUGAACUGGCUGAGCCGACUGGCCUCUCGGGGCCCUGGGCACCGUGUAACUCAAGGGGCCAAUCUGCAGACCCCUGUCAUGGCUGACCCUGAGACUUGUCUUAUGGUCUUCAAGAAUCACUGGUCCCAGGUGGUACGAAUCUUGGAGCGGCAAGGCCCCCGGGUAGCUCCUGGGGGUGCAGAUGAUCUCAGUGCCGUGUGCAACCAUACUUACCAGAUGUUGACGCUGCUGGCAGAGGAUCGUGCAGUCCCUUCAGCCCCCACUGCCCCUGGGCCCCUUCUGGAGUUUGCUCUGCGCGAGGAUCUGCUAACUCGUGUGUUGGCAUGGCAACUUCAGUGGGAUGGGCUUGGGGAUGGGGUUGAAGAACGGCGGGCUGAGCAACUGAAACUAUUUGAGAUGCUGGUGAGCGAAGCUCGCCAGCCACUGUUGCGCCAUGGUCCAGUUCGUGAGGCUCUGCUGACCUUGCUGGAUGCCUGUGGCCACCCUGUGCCCAGUAGUCCAGCACUGGAUGAAGGCCUGGUGCUACUUCUCAGCCAGCUGUGUGUUUGUCUGGCCCGGGAGCCUUCAUUGCUUGAGUUCUUCCUGCAGCCACCUCCUGAGCCUGGAGCUGCUCCCCGUCUCCUCCUCUUUUCUCUCCUUGUUCCCUUCGUCCAUCGAGAGGGCACCCUGGGUCAGCAGGCCCGUGAUGCCCUACUCCUGCUUAUGGCUCUGUCAGCUGGGAGCCCCACCGUGGGCCGCUACAUUGCAGAUCACUCUUACUUCUGCCCGGUGCUGGCCACAGGGCUGAGUGCCCUGUACUCCUCACUGCCCCGAAAGAUUGAAGUUCCAGGGGAUGAUUGGCACUGCCUGCGACGGGAGGACUGGCUGGGAGUGCCAGCCCUUGCGCUCUUCAUGAGUUCCCUAGAGUUCUGCAAUGCAGUCAUUCAGGUGGCUCACCCUCUGGUGCAGAAGCAACUGGUUGAUUAUAUCCAUAAUGGGUUCCUGGUGCCUGUCAUGGGCCCUGCCCUGCACAAGACCUCUGUGGAGGAGAUGAUCGCCAGUACCGCCUAUCUGGAACUUUUCCUACGCAGUAUCUCAGAGCCUGCCUUGCUCCGUACUUUCCUGCGAUUCCUGCUGUUACACCGGCAUGACACCCACACCAUCCUUGACACCCUCGUUGCCCGUAUUGGCAGCAACUCUCGGCUCUGCAUGGUCUCUCUGAGUCUCUUCAGGACCCUACUGAACCUCAGCUGUGAGGAUGUCCUGCUGCAGCUGGUUCUCAGGUAUCUUGUCCCAUGUAACCAUGUGAUGCUGAGCCAGAAGCCAGCUGUGCGUGAUGUGGAUCUAUAUGGACGAGCAGCAGACAAGUUUCUCUCCCUAAUCCCACGCUGUUGUCGGCACCGUGCCCCCAGCCCACCCCGUCCAGAGCAUGCCUCGUGGGCACGAGGCCCUGGAAGCCCAAGUGUUGACUCCUCUUCUGUGGUGACAGUAUCCCGGCCCUCCACACCAUCUCGUCUGGCUCUCUUCCUGCGACAGCAGAGUUUAGGUGGCUCUGAGUCCCCAGCCCCAGCUCCUCGCUCACCAGGGCUUGCUGCAUCCCCAGCCUCCAGCCCUAGUCGACGGCCCAGCCCUGCAGAGGAGCCUGGUGAGCUGGAAGACAAUUACCUGGAGUAUCUGCGUGAGGCGCGCCGUGGUGUGGACCGCUGUGUCCGAGCCUGCCGUACCUGGUCUGCUCCCUAUGAUGGCGAGCGGCCCCCUCCUGAGCCCAGUCCUGUUGGCUCCCGGACUAAGAAACGCAGCCUACUGCCUGAGGAGGACAGGGACAAUGUGGGGGAAGGGGAGGAGGAGGAGCUGGGGAGUGGUGGGCUGGCUGGGCGUGCAGGGGAGGGCCCUGGCCACCUGCCUCCUCCUCAGCUCAAUGGGAUGCUAGGACCAUGGCCUGAGGGGGCCAAGAAAGUUCGUCGGGUGCCACAGGAGGGAGCUGGGGAACUGCUAGAGGGCACCCCUGAGGGCAUGGCAGGACUAGAAGGCUUUGGGCAGGAACUCCGGGAUCUGGAGCUGGCAUUGAGCAAUGGGGGGGCUGGCUCAGAGUCUCCCCUAGAGCCUCCACUACCUCUUGAGGAGGAGGAGGCCUAUGAGAGCUUCACCUGUCCCCCUGAGCCCCCUGGCCCCUUCCUCAGCAGCCCUUUGCGGACUCUCAACCAGCUGCCAAGCCAGCCCUUCACUGGCCCCUUCAUGGCUGUGCUCUUUGCCAAACUCGAGAACAUGCUGCAGAACUCCGUCUAUGUCAACUUCCUGCUGACAGGGCUGGUGGCCCAGCUGGCCUGUCACCCCCAGCCCCUGCUCCGCUCUUUCCUGCUCAACACCAAUAUGGUCUUCCAGCCCAGUGUCAAGUCCCUGCUGCAGGUGUUGGGCUCUGUGAAGAAUAAGAUUGAGAGUUUUGCAGCCUCCCAGGAGGACUUCCCAGCAUUGCUCUCUAAAGCCAAGAAGUACCUCAUUGCUCGUGGCAAGUUGGACUGGGCUGAGGGCCCUGCAGCUGGACCUGUUCCUCGCCGCUCUGAUCCUCUCGUGAAGAGCCGGAGGCCAUCCUUGGGAGAGUUGCUUCUGCGGCAUGCACACAGUCCAACCAGGGCCCGGCAAGCAGCACAGUUGGUUCAUCAGCCUGGGAGAGAUGGCACAGGACUUGGCCUAGGUGGGGGCUCCCCUGGGGCUUCAACUCCGGCUCUACCCGCCCGGGGUGGAGCCACUGAGCGCCAAGGUGAGGCUCUGCGAGUCAAGAAUGCUGUCUACUGUGCAGUCAUUUUCCCUGAGUUUCUCAAGGAGUUGGCUGCCAUCUCCCAGGCCCAUGCUGUCACCUCACCUUUCUUGUUGGAUACUUCAGAGGAGGGAAAUAUCCUUCCUGUCUCAGACUUUGGGCCCCUCAAUUCUUAACUUUCUUCCAUGCACAAUCAGGGCCUUGAGUGGCCUGGGUUGGAGCCAGGGUGUAGGCUCCUUUUUAUGUUUGGAGGGAGUGGCAAGAGGACUUUUUAAUUUAUUUCAGAUGAAUGUUUUAUGGAGAACUUGUUGCAAUAUGUAUAAAAGGGAAAUCUCUA